AUGCCUACAGAGCAGUUUCUGACCAGAUGAAGGCGGCGAGUGGUAAAUUAUCAUGGGAGCAUGUCCUGCGAUAUGCAAGAUUACGCAAGAAAUAUAUAUCUUUGUAUGCUAGUCUGCUUAAAUCGGAUCCUGAUCGGAUAAUAGUUGAUGAUAACAAAGAGAUUGAGGAACUAGAUCGUGAGCUUGAUAUUGAAGUCAUUCUUCAGUGGAGGAUGCUGGCCCACAAGUUUGUGGAGCAAUCGAUGGGGUCAGAUCUCUACCAAAACAAGCAACAAGCAAAGAAAUCAUGGUGGUCAUUUGGAUGGACCAACCAACCUGUCAAAGAUGAGAAUGUACCAGGAACUUUGACUGAAGAAGAUUGGGAGAGAUUAAAUAAUAUAAUUGGAUACAAGGUAGGUGAGGAUGAACAAUUGUUGAUCCAUGACAAGGGUGAUGUGCUCCAUAUUGCAUUGGAGGUUCACAUGAAACACAAUGCUUCAAAGCUUAUUGAUUCUAAGGAGUGCCUUGCUGAUCUAUCCUGUGAUAAUCUUGAUUGCUACAUAAAGCUUUAUAAAGAGGCUAAAAUUUUUGAUAUAAAAUUGGGAUCAUACAGACUGUUAUCUCCGAAUGGUCUUCUUGCUGAGAGUGAAAGUUCUUACGAUUCAUUAUUUGGUGUCUUCUGCUAUAAGCCUUUUGAUGCUGAUGUAGAUUGGAGCUUUGUUGCCAAAGCUUCACCCUGUUAUGUGACUUACUUGAAGGAUUCCAUUGAUCAAAUUAUUAACUUUUUUCAAAGCAACGUUGCUGUAAGUCAGACUAUAGCUCUGGAAACUGCUUCUGCAGUGCAGGUCUGUAUCUAAUCCUUUCUAACAAGUC